AUGAUGGGAAACGGCCCCUAUGUUUCGCAUUUGAUUUCAGAUCGGAAUCAUCUGCUGAUCUCGGGACAAGCAGAUUACUGUGAUACUGAGCAUCUCUAUACAAUAGUGUUCGAAGAGAUCUGUGGGCGUUUUGGAAAGACCUACACCUGGGAUGUGAAAUCCUUGGUUAUGGGUAAAAAAGCCCUAGAAGGGGCACAGAUUAUUCGAGAUGUUCUAGAUCUUCCCAUAACCAAAGAAGAGUUAUUACAUGAAAGUAAAAUGAAGCAGGAGAAGAUAUUCCCUACUGCUGAAUUGAUGCCAGGGGUUGAUAAGCUGAUCCGUCAUUUACACAAACACAACAUACCCAUAGCUGUUGCCACCAGCUCAGCUGAAGUGACAUUUCAGAUGAAAACAGCCAGACACAAAGACUUCUUUGGUCUUUUUCAUCAUAUUGUAUUGGGAGAUGACCCCAAGGUGAAGUGUGGCAAGCCACAGCCUGAUGCAUUUCUGGUUUGUGCAAACAGAUUUCACCCUCCUGCACCUCCAGAGAAGUGUCUUGUGUUUGAAGAUUCACCACUUGGAGUCAAAGGAGCCCUGGCAGCAGGAAUGCAAGUGGUUAUGAUUCCGGAUGAAAAAUUAAAUCCAGAUCUUAAAAAGGAAGCAACACUACUGCUGAACUCCGUGGAGGAUUUCAAACCAGAACUGUUUGGUUUACCAGCAUAUGAUUAAUGCCUAGUGUCUAUCAACAUGCACUUGACUGGAGAUCGGGAAAGUGGAAUGAAAUUUUUUUAUGGUUUUAUGACUGGUUUGCAUCUUUUCCUCUCUUCCUCAAAACUAGAGCACAAAAAUCCUGUUAACACCAAGUCUUCCACACAGUACCUUUCAAAGUUGACUGGAAUGUUUAUGAUUUGUCCUCGUGAUAAAUGCUAAAUUAAAGCAGCAUUUCGUCUUGUGAAGUGAAUCCAGCCUUGUUCUCUGCACAUCAUAAUGUUUUCUGGGAAUAUUAUGAAACUAUUUAGACAAUUUAUUGUAACUGCAUUGGAAGCUUCUUGUUCUGUUUCCACUUGAAUGACUUACUGUUUAGAUCUUAACCAGAAAUCUGUUCUGGAUUGGCUUUUAUCCCAUUACAUUGUUUUCGAUACAGUUAUCGCUAUCAACAUGUUUAUCCAUUUCCUCAUCCUGUACUUUCCCAUCUAUUCUAUUCCCCUUUGUAUCGUGUUGUCUUUUUUUUUUUUUUGCAGUUAUUUGCAGGGUUUUUAUUGUACUUUCUGUGUUUUCUUAUUUUGUUUUCUUCUUGGAGGUUGAAUGAGACGGCUUCCAGAGGUCCCUUACAAUCUCUGUUAUUCUAUAAUUCUGUCAUUAUCUUUUUUGGCAUAGUGAUCGCCUGCUAGGAGCUGUACAAGGUUAUAUGAUCCUACAGUUUAACCAAAAUGCUUUGCAUCUUCCUUCUUUCAUUUCCUUAUAUUCUCUUUUUCCAUGUUGCCAUGUAGUCUUCCCUUUCAUUCUUGUGAAGUGAAUCCAUCCUGUCUCCCUGCUUCAAUUCUGAUAAAGUUAAUGGC